UGGUGUGUCUGCUUGCUUGCAGCUGCAUACGGUUCACCUGAGAGGGAUGCUGGAGGGAAAUCUCACCGAGGUGACAGAGUUUGUUCUCCGAGGCUUCACUGACAGCCCUCAGGUACGAGCCCUCCUCUUCACUCUGCUGCUCCUCAUUUACACUGCCAGCCUGGUGGGGAAUCUCACCAUCAUCACGUUAACCCAAGUUGACUCUCGCCUGCAGACUCCCAUGUACUUUUUCCUCUGUAACCUGUCCUUCAUUGACAUCACCUACUCCUCUGCAAUCGCUCCCAAGACGCUGGCGAAUCUGUUAGCAAAGAAAAAGGUAAUUUCACUUCCGGGCUGUGCUGCACAAUUUUUUCUUCACUCUUUUUCCAUCAAUGCUGAAGUCGUGCUCCUCGCCGUGAUGGCCUACGACCGGUUUGUAUCUGUUUGCAACCCACUGCGCUAUGCGCUCCUUAUGUCCAGACAGGAGUGCUCCCGGUUGGUCUCUGUCUCGUACCUGUGUGGAUGCAUCAGUUCAGUUGCCCACACAGCUUCCCUGUUCAGCCUGUCCUUCUGCAGGUCCCGUGUCAUCGAUCACUUUUUCUGCGACAUCCCCGCGCUGCAGCAGCUCUCCUGCUCUGACACGCGCUUUGCUCACAGGGUGCACGUGGCCUUUGCUGCAGCAGCAGGCUCGGGCACUGUCAGCGCCAUCCUCAUCUCUUACCUGUGCAUCAUCUUCGCUGUCCUGCAGAUUCGCGCUGCCCGAGACAGGUGGAAAGCUUUUUCCACCUGUGCCUCCCACCUGUCUGCUGUCACCCUGUUUUAUGGGACUCUCUUCUUCAUCUACUUAAGAUCCGUGCCCAGCAGCUCUGCUAACCAGUGCAAAGUGGCAGCUGUGUUUUACACGCUGGUAAUCCCUGCAGUGAACCCCCUGAUUUACAGCCUGAGGAACAGGGAGGUGAAGGACGCCCUGAGGAGGGUGAUACUGAAAGCACUUGUUCAUAAGUAA